CUGGUGACCCAGACCCGGCAGGCCAAGGCGGAGGUUGUUCCGUGGCGUUCGGCCCUAGUCACCAAGGCGCUCAAGGAGCCCCCGCGCGCCCGCAAGAAGGUGAAGAACAUUGUCCACUCUGGCUCCAUCACGAUGGAUGACGUCAUCCGGAUCGCGCGCAUCAUGCGGGAGAAGUCGCUGGCGAAGAAGUUCGAGGGGACCGUGCUCGAGAUCCUCGGCACCGCCCAGUCCAUCGGCUGCCAGGUGGACGGCGAGGACCCGCACGAUAUCAUCGACCAGAUCCACGACGGCGAGGGCCCCGAGAUCCCCGACGAGUGA